AUGUCUGAGUCACUUGCCCCUAAGACGACGGCAUUUUCUCCCAUUACUUCGGUGCAGUCGAGAUUUCAUGAAAUCACAACUGCAGCUUCCCACUUGAGAACUAUUGACCCCAAAGAAGCCGAAAACGACGAUGACUUGUUAGCAAAGAUUGGGUACAAACAGGAGUUGAAAAGACGUUUUUCCACCUUCCAGAUCUUUGGUAUCGCCUACUCCAUCAUGGGGAUUCUCCCUUCGGUAUCCUCCCUAUUGGGGACAGCGCUAGCUGCAGGUCCAGGAGGUGCAAUAUGGUCCUGGGUAGUCGCAUCCAGUUUCAUUUUGACUAUCGGUAUCUCAAUGUCAGAGCUAGCUUCAGCAAUCCCUACCUCCGGUGGGUUGUACUACUGGACUUUUUAUUAUGCCCCGGAGGCAUGGAGAGUCCCUCUUUCAUUUCUUAUCGGUUUGUCAAACACCAUGGCACUUUGCUCAGGUUCUGUCUCUGUCUUUUACGGUAACGCACAAGAAAUCUUAGCUGCUGUGUAUCUCAGCAAAAGUGGCGAUUUUGAAAUCACCACAGGCAAAACCUAUGGUGUCUUUGCUGGGUGUCUCAUCACCGGUGCGAUAAUCACUUGUCUCUCGUCGAGAAAUGUGGCUAUGUUGCAAACACUUUCUUCUGUCUGCCAUUCAAGUCUUCUUGUCUUGUUUUUCAUUGCUUUGCCUAUCGGAACCAAAGUCAACAGACAUGAGUUCAAUGGAAGAGGUUUCAUCUUCGGUGAGGUACAAAACUACUCAGAUUGGCCAAUUGGCUGGCAAUUUUGUCUGUCGAUUAUGACGGCUGUUUGGACUAUUGGUGGGUUUGACUCAUGCGUUCACAUGUCUGAGGAGGCCAAGAACGCAUCAUACGGUGUUCCAAUUGGUAUUUGUGGCUCUAUCACAUUAUGUGGCUUCUUAGGAUUCUUUAUCUUAGUUUGCACUACUGCAUGUAUGAACCCAGACGUCGCUACGGUCUUAGCAACAGAUACCGGCUUUCCAAUGGCACAGGUCAUUUACGAUUCCUUGGGAAGACGCUGGGCCAUUGCCUUCAUGUCCUUGAUGGCAGGCUGUCAAUGGUUGAUGGGUGCUUCUUUACUCACUGCUGCUUCAAGACAAAUAUGGGCGUUUGCCAGAGACGACGGCUUGCCUCUCUGUGACAUUAUUAAGGUCGUCAACAAGAAACUGAGGGUCCCUAUCAGAGCGGUCAUAAUGGCAUGCGUGGUCUCCUUAGCCGUUGGAUGUCUCUGUUUGGCAGGUAGUGCUGCAGCAAGCGCUUUAUUUGCCCUUAGUGUCCUCGGCAACUACCUCUCAUGGUGUACCCCAGUUUUCCUCAAGCUUACCUUCGGUAAACACAAAUUUACUCCAGGUAGUUUUUACCUUGGUCCAAUUCUCUCCGAAGUUGUCGGAUGGAUUGGUUGUAUCUGGGGGGCUUUCAUCAUGGUAUUAGUCUGUUUCCCAUCGCACAAAAGUGUAACCAAAGAAACUAUGAACUAUUGUGUGGUCAUUACAGUGGGCGUGUGGAUGCUAUCUAUUAUUUUCUUCUUCUCCUACAAGUAUAAGUACUACCACGGUCCAAGAAGUAACUUGGAUGAUGAUACCAUUGAGGUGGUUUCAAGUGCCGAAGAAGUCUCGUAUCCACAAGACGAAAAAGUUUAA